GAACCUUUAACCGCAACUACCAUGUCUUCGCCGAGCUCUCUUACAGAAUGGACCAAAUCUCAGUUCUCUUCUUUGUUCAGACCUUCAGAGCAUCUGUUCCCAGAAGUUUCUGUGUUCAGUGCAGACGCUCUCAUCAUGGUGAACCACACCGUUGUGUCUGUCGUACAGUUUAAGACAUUGCUGGCAGAGAAAUUUGGCGCAGGAGCUGUGCAGGACGCUGACAUCAAUUGGAAGGAACUGAUCUAUGAUGAUGAAACUGGUGUCGUUGCUGGCUUCGUAGACGUUACCAGGUCGAUGAAGUUUAGGAUCCGUGCCGGCCCUGCCCAGAUACACACCUACGUUGGUCUAAGCGCGAAGAUUGUACAAAACGGCGACGAGAGGACCGUGACUCAAAUGUUCUAUACGUCAGUAGAUAAGGCUGCGGAAGUCCAUCUCCAUUGAGGGAUUCAGAAUUAGAACCAGAAUCAGAAUCAGAAUGUGUGGUGGGCAUGACUCCCGCGCUAUAUUUAAAUACGCUAAUUUCUACCAUUGUACUAUCAGUAGUUCUCAGACUGUGCAAUCGAUAUCAGUGAUGCAAAC